AUGUCACAGACACCUUGUCGACUUUUGUUCCGAGCUUCUCGGCCGCUCCAACGACAGCACGAUCCAAGCACCUUCUUUCAAGCUUGCCGAGCAAUCACCACUCAAUCACUUCCUCAAUCGACGAGACCAAGGCUGGUGAACAUUGUCCGCAAUCCGGUACCUCAAUCAUCCCGGAGCUUUUCCAAUACAUCAGCUGUAAGAGCCACUGUGGUUCUUCAGAACCCACGUACCGACGACGAUGGCGCUGAUAUGUCUAUCGAAAUAUCAGAGCGAGCGGCAAAGCGCCUGAAGCAGAUCACGAGCACACCUACACGGAAAAACACACUGAUUUCAUCUCCGCCGUCUGCAGACUCCCACCUCCGCGUGACAGUCACCUCUGGUGGUUGCCACGGCUUCCAAUACUUGAUGUCCCUGGAGGACAGCUCGAAGAUAGAUCAAGAAGAAGACACGGUGUUCGCCAUUGAGCCAUCAGAAGGUGCCGACGACAAAGGCAAGGCCGAGGUCGUUAUGGAUCUCCCUUCGCUAGAAUUGCUCAAGGGUAGCACGGUCGACUUCACGACCGAGUUGAUCGGCAGUCAAUUCAAGAUUGUCGGCAAUCCAAGAGCGAAAAGCAGUUGCGGAUGUGGGACGAGCUUUGACAUAGAGUGA